GGGUUGAGUGACUCACCGGCGUUUUCAGCCAGUAAAAGUAAAGCUCGGGUGACGUGUGCUCCUCCACGUAACGACGCGGUUCUGAGGGGAAUCGUAAAUGCCACUUUCCUUUCGUUUUUACUGCCAGUUUUGAAUUAAACUUAUAUUAUUGUCAUCACAACAGCAUGUAUUCGAUAUCCUCAUGACUGUGAGUCGCAAAAAGAGAUGAGAAAAGCGAGAAAGCGACUGCCGGCGAGCGGAUCGCAAGCGUCUGUCAGGAGACACGAAGGUCCAUGAUGAUGUCACUGAAUGAUCGACAGGUCCAAGAUGUGAGAAAUCUGUUUCUGUUAUGAUGUCAUUGAAUGAGGGUCCUUUAAAUGACAUCACUGAAUGAAACAAUUGCCCUGGAAGAAACAGAAGCUUCUGGAUAUCCAUCAGGCCCUAAACAGUGACCCCGUGGACAUCGAGACCCUGCGGCGCGCGGCUGUGAGUGAAGGCGGUUUGCUGACGGAUGACAUUAGGAGAAAAGUUUGGCCCAAACUCCUCAGUAUCAACGUGUACAGUCUGCCUGCCAAACCCUCCAAAGAUGUCCGAGAAGACCACAAAGACUACAGACAGGUGGUGCUCGAUGUCAGGAGAUCAAUGCGGCGUUUCCCAAAAGGCAUGCGUGUGGACCAGCGAGAGGUUCUCCAGGAGCAGCUGAUAGACAUCAUUCUGGAUGUUCUGAGGAGAAAUCCUCAACUGCACUAUUACCAGGGUUAUCAUGACAUGGUGGUGACCUUCCUGCUGGUUGUGGGGGAGAGGAUGACCAUCGCGAUAAUGGAGAAACUGUCUAAUCAUCAUCUCAGGGAUUUCAUGGACCCCACCAUGGACAACACAAAACACAUCCUGAACUACUUGAUGCCCAUUCUGGAGCGAGUGGACCAAGAGUUACACGACUUCAUGAUAAGGUCAGAGGUGGGCACUAUCUUCGCCCUGAGCUGGCUGAUCACAUGGUACGGCUAUGUCCUGUCAGAUUUCCGGCAUGUUCUGCGGCUCUAUGAUUUCUUCCUGGCUUCUCACCCACUCAUGGCCAUCUACUUCGCCGCUGUGAUUGUGUUGUACAGACAGAAGGAAGUGAAGAGCAGUGAGUGUGAUAUGGCCAGUGUUCAUCACCUGCUGUCUCGGAUGCCUCAGGAUCUGCCGUACGAGGAGCUGAUUGGUCGAGCUCAGAGCCUCUUCAUCAGCUGCCCGCCCUCUCUGCUGACCCAGUCUGCAGCGCUGCAGUCACGCAACAUAAUCGCCAUCAGCACCUUUACGGACUUCCAGUCGUCCACGCUGAGGCAGCGUCCAGACUCCGUCCUUCGCCAACAGCUUCAAAAGCACCAUGUAACCCAGCCAGCCCUUCCCAUGAGCACCCAGCCAGCGAACACUAACCAACUCAUCAAAAUGGCAGUGUGGGGUCUGUCCGCCACGUUAGGGGCGGUGGCGCUGGCUGUGGCCCAGACGGCCAUGGACUGGGCACCUGACUUUCUCUCCCAGCUCUUCUGACACAAAGCGCCUCAUUCUCAUGUGCCAAACUGGGUGUACUGCAUUUGCAAAUAUGUGUUAAGUGGUGCAAAACACCCAGAGAAAAUGAAUGUGUGGCUUAUUUAUUUCCGAACCCCCUUCCUUUUUCCUUAUUUAUAGAUUUUAGCCGAGCUAAUAUUGGGGAAGUGGGAGGAGUCAAACAAGGUUUUUGUAAUCAUAAGCAUUUCUGGAUGUCGUUCCAUCAGCAGAAUGUCAGAGAAAGUGCUCUGCUAGGGCAUUCAGAACAGCAGCAAGAGCACAAAUUAUUAAAAGGGUUUUUUUUGCUGCUGAACGCCGUCAGUAGUGAGUGAAGCUCAUUAGAGAAAACGGGUGAAGGCUGAAAGACCACAGAGACUCGCUGGUGAACGCAGCACUUUACAACUAGUUUAUUCUGGAGCGAGAGCGCUUACUAACCUCACACACAUGCUUUCAGGUUCAGAUGGUAGAUGUCAUCUGUGUCUCAUUCCACUCACUACACUGAAAAAAAAUGGUAAAGGAUUUACUUUAGAACCCAUUUUCACUCAGAAAUUACUGGUAAAUUUCACACAUAAUUACAAAGAAAUGGCAAGUAAUAUUGAAUUAAACAUGAAAGUUUGAAGUACAAAAUCUGAAUAUUUCUUGUAAAACUUGCUCCAGUAAUCUUUGGUAAUACAAAUUAAAAUCCAGUAAUACUCCAAUAAUCUUCAUUAAAAAUAAAAACUACAAUAAUGCUUCAAUAAUGCUCCAAUUAAUACUCUAAUAACAAAUUAAAAUUCCAGUAAUAUUCUAAUAAUCUUUUAUAAAUAAAAAUUAAAACUCCAAUUAUCUGUAAUAAAAAUGAAAUCUACAAUAAUACUCCAAUAAUGCUCCAAUUAAUACGCCAAUAAUCUUUAAUAAAAAUUAUAAUCCAAUAAUACAAUCCAAAAAAAAUUUCAACUUUUUAUUUUUUUAUAUGCAACGCAUGCAAAAGAACGGAACAGACAGGUCACUAGGGGCAUCAUAUACGAUUAUGUUGUUCAUAUACAGUUCACUUUAUAUCAGGGGUUGUUCUCACAAUAGUCUCAGAAGAGAGAGAAAGAGAAAAGGAAGGGGAAAAAAAAAAAAAUCCACCAGGAGAAUAUUUGUCCAUAAAAGGUUCAAGGUCCUCUCAUAAUACAUACAACGUACAACAAAAAACACACACAUUGCAGUACACUUACAAUAUCUCACUAUGCUUUUACAUACCCCAAUAAUCUUUAAUAAAAAUGAAAACUCCAAUAUUACUCUAAUAAUGCUCCAAUUAAUACUCAAAUAAUCUUUAAUAAAAAAUGAAAACUCCAAUAUUACUCUAAUAAUGCUCCAAUUAAUACUCAAAUAAUCUUUAAUAAAA